UAACGGAAAAACUAAAAAUCAAAUUGUUAGCGAAGCUUAAAGCUUCUUCUUUUAUGAUUAAGCUUCCGAUUCGCAGAAUGACCGAAUUUGAGAGCAUCGGAGCGUAUCGUAUCGGACUGGACGAGUCGUAUCGGUCUCUGCCAUCGGUUUACUUGGCCUUCUUGUCCAUCUGGUUCGUCUCGGCCUGCUCUUGGACCAUCAACACCUAUAAGAACCGCCAUCUCCAGACGAAUAAUUUGCAGUGGACGCUUGCAUCUGUUCCAUUAAUUAAAGCCUUGCAACUUACGUUGUCAUUCCUCUUCUGGUAUUCAUGCUUUCAUCUUCAAAUAUGCUCUCUAUGGAUGUCAUUUGGAGUGUAUGUAACUGGAGUGAUAUUUCAGACAGCUUCUUUUGUGUCUUUUUUACUCAUCUCUCAUGGUUACUGCAUCAUGUGCGAGCGUCUUUCAGUAACUGAGCGGCGCACUACUGCUUCCCUUGGCUGUGUCUUUUACUUGACUCUUGUUGGAUACAGAGCUUCUGUACCUUAUUUCUCUGUGCUACUGUUGCUUAACUAUUUCAUUUCAUUCUACGUGAUAUUCCACCACAUAUCCCAGAAUCUGUUAGUGUUGCGUGAACAAUUAAGUUUUAUAGAUAAUGAGAAUGUUCAUGCAAUGCAUGAUGCAGUCUACAUGAAGUACAUCAUGUUCAAAAAAUUCCAAGGUGCAAUGCAGAUAGUAGCCAUGGCAGAGACUGUGAUAUACAUUAACAUGGAUGACUCGUCAGAAAAUUAUUGGAUUCGCUUGCUAGUCCGAGAAUGGGCUCAGUUCUGCAUCUUUGUUUACAUAGGGUGGACUUUUAGGUCAAGGGACUUGGCACCACGAUUCUCUGUUAUGCCAACUUUAAAAUCUAAAGGAGAACUAGUGGUGCCUCCAAUUUAUAGCAUUGAAAUGGAUGCAGAAACUUUCAGAGAUUUCACGAAGCAUGAAUGGCACAUUGGAGUGCCAACUACACCUUCCUCUGAUGAAAGCUCCAAGGAUUCUGUCUUGGUAAUAAUUCAGCAUCCACAUGCAUAUAGGCCGACCGCAGCCGGAAAAUCUUGUCAAAGCCAAGGGCAGCCAGUGUAGCACUUCAAAAAUUCAACUACCGAUGUCAAAACCGCUUCACAUGCACGCAUGGAGCAAAGCAAAGUAACUGAUACAGUAGUUCAAACAUCUUCCUGUGGCUAGCUUAGCUACUUUGUUCAUGAGACAAGCCAACGGCACAUUUUCCUCAAGUUUCUAGUCCAACGCAAUUCCCCUGUGUAGAGAAGUCUGAUUGCAAGGGCUUGUGAGUUGUGAAAUGUUCAUUCACAAGGCAGCAGCCCAUCUAUACUUGUAAAUAAAUACAACCAACGAAUCAAAUUGUACAAAUCGGCCAAAAGUUAGAAAACGAAUUGUAUCUUCUUUCCCCUUUUAUUAAAGUCUAUUGAUUUGCCAUUGGUA